AACAAGCAAAGAUCUUGCUGUGAGAAGGCCGGUUGCAUUGCCGCUCGUCACGAGUUCCGCGAAAACACGCGUUUUUAUCGCGUGAGGGGGACUACGUUGCCCUCAUCCAACACGUGAUGCAGUCGUCCACACCGCCACUUAUACUGCACCGUGCUGCAAUGGCGCACGCGCUGACUUCUGCUCCCUCUACAGGGGUGGAUCUCGACAUGGAAACUGAGGCUUUGACAUCUUCACGCGGAUCCUUGUUGGUUCCAGGAGACAGGCGAAAGACAAGGACACUUACCCGCCUUCUUCAUGAUGGUCCGCGUAGUAAAGGCGCGUGGAAACCGUUAGGCUCGCGACUGUUUGGCGUUGCCUUUGCAUUAACGGUGACGGCUAUCGUUUUAAGAAGGUAUGCAGUAUGCAUGAGGGCUCAGUCAAUGUUGGCCGAUUUCCGUGGCUCAGAAAAUUCACCCUCUAUUCCACGAGCGGGAGUCUUCGGUUCUGGAGCGCGACUCCGGAGACUUGCUGAGGGAGGCGGCGACAAGGAAUCCGAGGAGCCCAGUGCGUCAGCCGAAUGCGUCACUUCAGCUCUGGCCUCUUUGACACUUGGUAGCACAUCUGAGGAGGCAGGCGAUGUGGCGCCUAGGGACGGAGGGAGGACUCCCACGAUGCAGGUGGCAACAGGGCGGACACAGUCCAGAGGGUUGCAGGAUGCGCUCGUGAGUGCCGAAUUAGGGAGGCACCAGAGCCUCCUUCUCAACGCAAUUCGUGAGGAGUGUUCACGUGUAGCUGCUCAGAGUAGUGGGAUGGCCGCUGCAGUGGUAAAGAUACAGGAAAGUUUGGAGGCAGUGCUCAUCCGGGCUGCGGAUCAACACCGUAGCUCGCGUGAAUGGCUGAUUGACCUGUUGGGUGUCGGUUUCGAACUCCUUACACGCGUUGAAGUCUCGCUUCUGGAGUCAGAACGCCAAAUCCUUUUGGAGGAUCUGCAGGAGGCAGGUGCUUCAGGGGUAGAAGACGCUUCACUGGCUCCUGCUGCACUCCUCAGUCAAGUGGAAAAAUGUCUGCAGGGGGAGGAGCUCAUGCUGGCGUCGCUUCAACAUACGCUGCAGUCCUCCUUCGCUCGUGGACCUGCAACCUGGGAAAAUGUAGCGAAGGGGCUCUUGAGAAGAGAGGAACAACGAGCGACUGCAAGGUUACAGAGGCGAACUCAGCGACUGCACGACUUGAUAAAGUUGUCACAAACCCGCUCACGCAACGCUGAAGAACAAUUGAAGGAUGCAAAAGGAGAGGAGGCGAAAAAGCUCCUGUACACGUUAGGCGACAUGAACAAUGACAUCGGGUUGUACCAACAGCAAUUGUCACUCUGCGAGCGUGCUGGUAAAGUACCUGCAAGUCCGCUGGGUGGACAACUCGCGGAUUCAAGUGCCCUGAUCUUUGUUAUCCUCAAGAAUCAACCGACGGAGGAAAAACCCCCGCCAAAGCCGUGGGAAUCCAUAGAACGAGCUAUCCAGGACUUGACGAAUAAAAUCUCGAGAGAACAUGCUUUUAUCUUGUACGCAGUCUCUUCUGGAGGCAAACGCGCAGCUGGUCAGAGAAAGGCAAAGCUACUUCACUUACUGAGGCAACGUGAGCAGUUGCAGAGAAUUCUCAAACAGGCUCGUGGGGAGGGUACUGAUGCGUGAAAUGGCUUUGUAUUGUUACGCUACAUCUGCAAGGCUUGCACAGACGGACACGACGUUCCUGGAACCACAACACGAUGACAUUUGGAGAAUCCGCAGAUCGCAGGCGCAUGAGUGCUGGACGCGGUUUCGGUGGCUGCUGCCGGACUCCUCGGUGAAAAGGAACAAUGUUUGGAAGAGGAAAAAUGCAUUGAUAGCAUGGCUUUGGGAGACGCUGCACUUCUCGUUCCCUGGUGGAGGAAUGAACCCUGCGAAGUGCAACAUAACUCUUGAACGGGUGAAGAAAUGCACAGCUACAAAGGUGCAGGGGCGACUUAUUUUCAGCGUCGGCUGUACUUGCUAAAGACAUCACAAAAAUGUGUACGCGGAACUGAAGGUUUGACUCGGGCAAGCGGAGAGGCCGCGAAGGUGUACGUGUCGCUGAGAGGCGACAUGGGCAGGGUCUGCAAGGUAUAUCGACAGGGGCUGCUGCUCUACACGUGCGCUGGUGCGACAACAUUUCCAUUUGCUGCACAAGCCCGCGGAGACAAGUGUACAGGUCCUGCUCCUCUUCAGGGUACAAAAACCAAGGGCACCGUGUUCUGCAGGAUCGUUAGUCGUAGCUCGGCUGGUGAAGGAGAGCACGUUGGUGGCAGAUCAGGUGCAGCGGCAGAUGCCCAGCGAAGUAUUCUGAAAGUCCAAAAUCUGUUUCAUGUUUCUUUGCGUAGCUUAAUACAAGUGUCCAACAAUCGAUACAAGGUAUCCGUUUUUUUAGAAGUGACGUUGCAGGUUUUUCUCGCACAAUUUGUUUAUACGAGGUCGCGUGUCUGGCCUAAACGGACCCGCACGAUGAUCGGCCCAAAGUGGUGGCCUAUGUUAAUGCAGGGUUAAAGCACUGCAUGCCUGUCCAGUGAUGAGCACAUAGCAGCCUCACCAGUGUACAAGUGAGAGGCGCAGGCUUCUUCACGGCUUCGCAAUUAAUCACUGCAACUGUAUUCAAAAGAAUCGAUUGCAAGUGCUAUAUUAUUGGUUUGGUACAGUCGUGUACAGGAAUUCUGCAUCCCAAUGUGUCCCAUCGCGAGUUUCGGUACACAGUCGGCCCGUGCUCGAUUGCGAGAUGUCUAGCGGCGUUAUGCCAGUGCCUCCUGAUGAAUUCGGGGACUGCUGACUUGUGAGGCAUG